AUGAUCUCACACUCUCCCGUCUUCUCCGUCUUCGUCGAGUCGUCGCGCCCUGCGCGCGCUCGCACCCUAGACACCACCGUGCCAAGCUCUCCUCUGCUUCAUAGGCGGUCAUCAUCCCCCUCCAUCCCGGCGUCCCUCGACGUCGACUCUGUACAAAAGGGAACGCUGGACGCCCUCCCCACCGACUCUUCGGGCAUCCACGCAUCCAAAGAGAGCACGUUUCCGUCCCUCUUGCACCCUCGUCCAGCCCUCUACAUUCCAGGCAUCUUUGCCACGCUCUGGCUGGCACACCUCGCCACGAGCCCGCCACACACCCAUGGCUUGAGCGAGGAACUGUGGAGCAUGGCCAUGCUCAUCGCCGCGCAAGCCAUCCCACUCGAGUUUGGCUACCAACUCGCCACAAAAGCCGCACACUCCCUCGGGUUGCUUGCCGGCAGAACGUCGCGGAUUUCAUUGGCCCUCAUCGCGAUCGCACGCCCAUACGUCUCCUGGGUUCUGUCGCAACCUCGCGCUCUCGUGCAACACCUCGAGGAACAGGGCGUCUUCGCCCGGUUCGUCGCGCACGUCAAGCGCGACGCCGUCUACGUCGUGCUCAGCAUGCUGCUGGACGGCCUCGUGUCUAUGCUCGCGCGUCCUAUCAGCGUGGGCGCGGUGGUGACGUCCUUCUUGGGGGGAUGCAUAGCCGGGGAUGCGGCGCGGGGCGUGCUGAGGCUUGGGCUGCUCGACACCGUGAUGGAAGACCCGAUGCGUGUGGCUUUCGUCGCUGCCGCGGCCUCGGUGCCCAGCUAUUAUGACCGGCUGUAUAUCUUCUACUGCACGGCGUUAUGCCUGAAGAGCUAUUAG